AUGCAGGCUCUCCAUUCCGCCGCUUUCUGCUCCUCUCCUCUCGAUCCCCUCAGUAAACUGACCUCUACACGUCACCCAUUAUUCCACUCUAGCAACAAUGCCAAACCUCCUACUCCACACUCCCCAAAGCUCCCAUUCAUCAUUUCUGCUUCCGCCUCCACGGCUUCGGCGCCCAAGCGAGAGAUCGAUCCGAAGAAGCGCGUAGUCAUCACGGGCAUGGGGCUUGUCUCUGUCUUCGGCAACGACGUUGAUGCUUACUACGAGAAGCUGCUUGCGGGCGAGAGUGGCAUCACUCACAUAGACCGAUUCGACGCCUCCAAAUUCCCCACUCGAUUCGGUGGACAGAUUCGGGGAUUCAAAUCCGAAGGGUACAUUGAUGGAAAAAACGAUAGGAGGCUUGAUGAUUGCUUGAGAUACUGCAUUGUAGCUGGGAAGAAAGCUCUCGAGGGUGCUGAUCUUGGGGGUGAUAGACUCGAGAAGAUUGACAAGAUACGAGCUGGUGUUCUCGUUGGAACGGGAAUGGGUGGUCUUACAGUUUUUUCUGACGGUGUUCAAGCUCUAAUAGAAAAAGGUCACAGGAAAAUAACUCCAUUUUUCAUACCUUAUGCUAUAACAAACAUGGGGUCUGCCUUGCUUGCAAUUGAUCUUGGUUUGAUGGGGCCAAACUACUCAAUUUCAACUGCUUGUGCUACCUCAAAUUAUUGCUUCUAUGCGGCUGCAAAUCACAUCCGUCGAGGCGAGGCUGAUUUGAUGAUUGCUGGUGGAACUGAAGCUGCCAUUAUUCCCAUUGGAGUGGGAGGUUUUGUUGCAUGCAGAGCUUUGUCUCAAAGAAACGAUGAUCCACGAACUGCUUCUAGGCCUUGGGACAAAGAUCGAGAUGGUUUUGUUAUGGGUGAAGGUGCCGGAGUAUUGGUGAUGGAAAGUUUAGAACAUGCGAUGAAACGAGAUGCACCGAUAAUUGCUGAGUAUUUAGGAGGUGCAGUAAAUUGUGAUGCUUAUCAUAUGACUGAUCCCAGAUCUGAUGGACUCGGUGUCUCUUCGUGUAUCCAUAGUGCCCUUGAAGAUGCUGGUGUGUCACCUGAGGAGGUCAACUACAUUAAUGCCCAUGCAACUUCGACCAUAGUAGGUGACCUAGCUGAGGUAAAUGCUAUUAAGAAGGUAUUCAAGAACACUUCAGAGAUCAAAAUAAAUGCAACUAAGUCUAUGAUAGGGCAUUGUCUUGGUGCUGCUGGUGGUUUGGAAGCUAUUGCUACAGUAAAAGCCAUUACAACUGGGUGGCUUCAUCCUACCAUAAACCAAUUUAAUCCAGAGUCUUCUGUGGAAUUUGACACAAUUGCAAACCAAAAGAAGCAGCAUGAAGUCAACGUCGCCAUUUCGAAUUCAUUUGGAUUUGGUGGACACAACUCUGUCGUGGCCUUCUCUGCAUUCAAGCCCUGA